AUGAAGACUAGAAGCUACCGACGUCCAAAAAAGCCUGCUCAAAAUCCAGCAGAACCGCAAAAACGCGUCGUUCCAACUAAGGCAACAGGCAAAACGUCGGGGAAGAAGACACUCAAAAAGAAUGAGAAAAAAACUCGUCCAACAUCUAAUGCCGCAACGAAUGGAAAGAGAAAGGCGGUCGACACUACGGAGGCUAUUGAUGCUUCUCGGGUGAAAAAAGCUAAAACGGACUUCUCUGCCAACGGCCGAAACCAGCGGCAGACUGAAAGAGACAAGAAAAAAGCGGUGGCCAGCGCUCAGCAGGCUCGGGAAUCCCGAGCAAGAAACAGGAACCGAGCGGAUCCUCCGGCGACGAUACGAAGGCGUCGAAGACGGCCAGCUCGUGGACCUGGUGUCCAAGCCGCUGUCCAAGCCGCUGUCCAAGCCGCUGGCCAAGCCCCUGUCCUAGCCGACCUCCCAGCCGCUGUCCAAGCCGCCGUCCAGGCCGCCAUAUUAGCCGCCGUCCCAGAUGCCGUCUUAGACGCCAUUCCAGUCGCUGUCCAAGCCGCAGUCUUAGGCGCCGUCCAAGUCGCAGUCCAAGCUGCCAUCUUAGCCGCCGUCCCAGGUGCUGCCCCAGACGCUGUAACAGCCGCCGUCCCAGACAACGUCCGAGUCGACGACCCAGACUCCGUCCCAGACUCCGUUCUGAACACCGUCCCAAACUCCGUUCUAGACGCCGUCCUAGACGCCGUACCAGUUUUGUCAGAAGCAGUUGCUCAAUACCCAGAUGCAAGUUCAAACGAUGCAACUGCGACAAAGGAAACGGAAGAUUCUUGGUCUGGAAGCAAAGAAAGUGCAGCUAGACCUUCAACUAGCCUUCAGGACAAGCAAGACAAGAAGAGUAGAGUGUCGAAGGCUGAUUCUGAUGGAAAUCUGGACAGCGACUUGACCGACAGUGCCAGCAGCUCACGGACUGAAGACGGAAAUCAACAGGAUCUGCCCGAUCUGUUUGACUAUCCACCAUCACCACUAGCACACACCUCUGGAGUUGUUUUGAAUGGAGCACAAAGUCCGACUUUCUUGUCCCAUGAAGAAAAUCAACGCGAAAAGUCUGCCGAGGAGCAGAGCCGUGGAUCAGAAAUCGUGGAUGUUGUUGAGAGACAAGAGUCGAAUUUUAAUAUGUUAGGACAACUUGUCAGAGAGCCAGCAACUAUCUCUGAAAGAAACUCGAUUCCAGAAGAUCAUCAGAUAGAUAUUGAUACUCAUACGAUGCUUUCUGAACAUGUAAAUGUGCCAGAAACAUCUGAUGUUCUGGGAGCGGAAAGAUCUUUGGAUCAAGACAAAACUGACCCAAUCUCAAUCAAUUCCGAGGAAUAUCGUCAGAAUUCUGAUUCGGUGAAAAUGGAUAGUCUUCAAAUGCCCUCUCAAUUGGAGAACGUUCAAGCAACUUCUGGAAUUUUGAAAUCAGACAGUGCUUUCGGUCCACAUCAAACUGACCCAAUCGCAAUUAGUUGGCCGGAAUAUUGUCAAAAUGAUGACCCAGCGAGAGAGGAUAAUCUUCCAAUGCCUUCUCAAAUUGGAAAGACAGAAGCUAUCUCUGUUACUGGAAGAAGCUCGAGCCCAGCGUAUUCUACGGAUAAUACGGUCAAAAUUGAGACUCACUCGAUGACAUCUCAACUGGCCAUGACACCGUCCACCUCUGGAACUUCGGGAGCCGGAAGAUCUUCGGAUCAAGAGCCAACGGACGCAAUCUCAAUCAAUCGGGCUGAAUAUCAUCAAAAUGCUGACUCGUUGAGAAUCGAUAAUCCUCCGAUGCCUUCUCAAAUUGGAACGACAGAGACAGGAGCGAGUCCUGUCUCUCAGGGACAUCAGAAAGAAGCACAUAUGUCGCAAACAUCAGAAAUUCACCAUCCUCCUGCUCCUCAAUCAACAUCGGACGGUAUUUUGAGAAAUCUGCUUCCGAAUGACACACAUUCGCACCAUUUUUACAACGGAUUGCCAAUGAACUAUCCACAGUUGGGCCGAGCUUUCGGUCAAGUGCAACAUCUUCCUCACCAGAUGUUUGGAUUGUUUCCAGCACCUUCAUAUCGUCAAUAUGCUGACUCGGCGAGAAUGGAUAAUAUUUCGAUGCGUUCUCAAAUUGGAACGACAGAGCCAGGAUCGAGUGCUGUCACUCAGGGACAUCAGAAUGGAGCACUGAUGCCACAAACAUCAGCGAAUCAGCAUCCACCUGCUCCUCAACCAACGUUGGACCCUAUUUCCACCCAGUUUCUUCCGAAUGAAGCACAAUCCCUCCAUUUUCACAACGGAUGGCCAAUACACUAUCCAAUACACUAUCCACCGCUGGGUGGAGCUUUGGGUCAAGGGCAGCAUCUUCCUCGCCAGAUGCCAAGAGCAUAUCCAACACUUCCAUGGGAUGAUUUUACUGGACAAGGAUCUAGCAAUCAGUUUGGGGAGAAUCCUCAGAAUCCAAUGCCUUAUCAACUUGUUGAUGGAGGAAUUUCUGGUCUGCAGGACAAUAACUGGAAGGAAAUAAACCAUUUAUUCGGAGUAGCUGAUGACCAGUUUGCAUUUUGUGAUGAGCAGUUUCAAUACCAAUUCGCAGCUUAUAAUCAAAGUUUUGCUAAUUUCAACGUUGAUCAAACAAUGCAUGAGGUGCCAGUUUCAGUCGCAUCAAUUCAGCCACCACCAGCAAUGCCCGAACUGAACGCAGAGGACUAUGCAAAAGACGGACCAGCGAUUUGGAUAAAACGGGAGGGCAUAAUUAUUGAUGAUGUACUCAAGCUGGAGGAGAGUCACUUCAUCAAUGAUAAAAUCAUCGCAAAUAUGGGCGAUUUGUUAAUUGAAAAAGUGAAAAAGGAAGAAAAGGAAAAAAUGAAAAUCAUGGACAGCUUAUUCUUUGCCUGUAUUCUAGAAAAAAAGCCGGAAUACCUUGAUGCUAACAUUGCUCUCGACUACAAUACGAGAAAUAAACUCUCUGAAACAACCAAUAAAUGGUUUAAAACCGAAAACCUUUUUGACAAAAAGGUCUUACUGUUCCCUAUCAAUGCCGACAACCACUGGAUGCUGACAGUUGUACUGAAUCCAAGAGGAGCAAUAAUUGAAGAAGAAGACCCGACUAAUCAUCCCCCGUGUCGAAUCUUCUUCAUGGAUCCAAUGGGAUCGAUAAUUCAGUAUCGGAUCGAGAAUAUGAGAGAGCUGAUUCGCACAUUUCUGCGUGCCCACUUCGAAGCAGUGAUGAAUCUAGGAGGAAGAACACGAAAAGGAACAAAGUUCGCUCCAACAGCACAAUUUGCACCGGAUCGAGUACAAAUUGCAACAAUGAAAAACCUGCCAGUCCAGGAAAAUAUGUUUGAUUGUGGAGCAUAUGUCGUGCAUUUCAUGGAUGGAAUCCUUGAUUGGAAAGACGGAUUCUCCAAUCUCCCGGCACACGUGGACCCGGAUUGGGAAUCAUGGCACCCGUCGUCCAACUACACUCUUGAUAUGAUGAGAGAGAAAAUCCUGAACUCUCUCAUUGAUUUGAGCACCGAAGAAAAGAGGAGUCGCUUCAGUGGCUGGAAGCGAGCAAAUUCCUUCGAGACGGGCAAGCGACACAGAAGAUGUCAAAGUGCCGAGGAAAUCAAGAAAAGGAGGCACAAAGAAUACCGUCCGAGAUGCAUCACGCCGGUGGUUUUUCAUUUCGAUACUCACCCUUCAAAGUUUCCCAGUUUCAAAAGGAAUCCUCGAGAGUUUGUUGAAUCGGAGGACACCAAAACGACCGAAAACAACAAGAAAAUGAUGAGUGCUAAUUCCAACCAACUUUCCGUCAUCGCUCAGUCGUCCGGUUCCUUUCAACGUACUUUGAGAACACGCGCCCCGGCUUCUGAAAAAAUACUGGUCUCGCCAUACGUCUUCGGAGAAGAUAUAAACUCUGAGAAAGACAGUCACUUCCUCACAGUUUUUCUCCAGUACAUCAAGGAGGAUAAAAGCGGCCUUCUCAAUAUGACGAAGUGGAAAGUUCCACGUGGUUUCGAAAAUAGUUCCCUGAACAACCUCAAAAAAUUCAUGAACGAAUUGAGCAAAAGAUGCCACCAGCUCAAGUUGAGCAGCAUUUCCGAUCUCCCACGCACCGCCGAUUUUGAACUGUGGAACCAAGCCAAUUGUAAUGCCACGAUGAUUGAAGCCAUAAUGAGCUUGGUGUACAAGCUCACUAUUCGGGAUGCUUCUAUUUUGGCUAACAAGAAGAAGCAUGAAACAUACGGCGAAGUGAUGCCCGCCCAACUUGCUCAGUUUUGUGAAAAACUGAAUAUGGGCCCCGACGACGUCUUUCUCGACUUAGGUUCCGGCAUAGGCAACACAGUGUGUUAUAUUGCUGGUGCCUGCCAAAUAAAGCAAGCUGUUGGGAUCGAAUUGUUAGACGCACCAGCUGCAUACGCCAAAGAAAUGGAGGCUAACUUCGAAGAAGUGAUGAAAUUUCAUGGAAAGAAUAAAAGCCCGAUUGCGCUCUACAAGGGAAACUUCUUUGAUCCAAAAUGGGAAAAAACAAUUUUGGAGGCAACGGUGAUCUACACCAAUAAUUUCAUUUUUGAUGAAGAAAUGAACAUCAAAUUGGAAGCCAUCUUCAUGAAAUGCCCCAAAAAACCAAAGAUUAUUUCAUCCAAAAGUUUUAUUGGCGAAAGGAUGAAAAAUAACAAGAAAUACCAAGAAGGCCUAAGAGGAGCAACAAAGCAAGAAAUAUUCAAGGGAUUUAAAAACAACACGUCCUGGACCGCCCAACCAGUGCAAUUCUUUUUGCUUGAGUUUAAGGACACUGCGAACAUCCCUGCUGCCAACAAUCCGGUUAUGGCCCACAAUGUGAACGAUGGAAAGGAUGUCCAGGAGGAGGAAGAUGACAAAGAGAACAGAAUGGAGGAUCAGGAAGAUAUGAUGAUGGUUGGAGAAAUCGAAAACGAAGAGCACCAAUACGAUGACGACCGGGAAAUCGACAUUGACUUGGAUUAUAGAUAUGAUGCACCCGUUUUUGAUGAUUUGGAUGAUAUGGAGCCGCUGCCUCUCGAUGGUUUCGAGCUAGGUAGAUAUGAUCCACAAAUGGAGGUUGAGGAGGAAGAAGAUGGCAUGGAUGUGCCGGAGGCAGCUGGAGACAAUGAUGAAGAAAAUGAAGAAGACGAGGAGGAGGAGCCACGCUUCCAUGAUGGUGUAGUGGGCAGCUUGAGGAGCAGACAAACGUAUGAAGGUUCCAAAUAUGUUCUGACAAACUCAACCUCUUCUCCUAUGCUCACCGAUACCCUCUCCUUAUUGCUGAUGGGAGACACACAGUUCUAUUUUGCUUGUGAUGAAGACAACAUUCAAUGCAAGUCGCUAACCGAUACUCUCCGACCAAAGUUUUUCCUGGACAAGCGACUCAACUUCAUCAAUCAUGCCGAAAUCAACGACACUCUACUGGAAGGACGAGAAUAUUGUAGGAGACUAGAGAGCAGAUUUUCAAAUCGUGUGCAGAGGCAAGCAAUAGAUGCUCUUCUAAGCAGUAUGGAUCAGAAACCAGCUGCACUCAUCAUCAACGGAGAUUUGACUCAAUACGGGCUAGUAGGUCAAUUGCAUGAGUUUAGGCAGUACUGGUAUGACAAUUUCUCCAUUCCUUUCCUGCUUGGGUUGGGUAACCAUGAUUAUCAGGACAAUUUUGACGAGUGCGAGAUGAAUAUUUGCGCUCAUACUAUGCUUUCAUGGUACACGGAAUACGUGAGAAACAAAUAUAUUGUCGCAGAUAUCCAAGGAAAAGCGUCAAGGCAUGGAUUAGAAAUUAGUGGAAGUCUGGCUUAUACAAAACUAGUUUGUUCUACAUUAGAAAAAAUUUGUGCUCACGUCAUCCAGCUUAAUAAUGCCGUCAACUACAGUGUGAGCUUCACUUCCUUCUUAGUGAAAUGGAAUAUUUCAACACCGGAGAUCUAUCUGAAGAAUAAAUUGAACGAGUUAAAAAGUACUUCCUACCCAAUUUUACUGAAUAUGCAUCAAUGUGAAGAAAAACACAUUCCCAAGAUUAGAGAGAUGAUUACAAACUGGAUAUUGAGUACAAAGAGUUAUUUUGCUAAUCAGAAAAUAGUACCUAAAAUCGGAGCAUUUUAUGCUCAUUGGCACCCAAAUCAUAAUGCCACCUUGGAAUGCAUUAAUGGAACGAAAGCUCCGUUUGUUUACGUUGGAAGCGUACCCAAUAACAGAUUCUCCAAAAUCGACAUAACCGCUACCAGUGCAACAAUCACCGGCUACAAAGCUCUCGACAGUAAAAUGAACAGUGGGAAAGUACUCAAGGCAUUGAAAACCUUUGACCUGUGGGGACCAUGUGUGGAAACGGAGAAAAUUAUAUUUGAAGAGGAAGCAGUUGAGAUAGAAACCAGAUAG